UUACGCGACGCAUCUUUAUCGUGUUUACAGACGAGGAAGAAGUGUCAUGGCGGCUCACUGACCCAGCGCUGGAAAGAUGCUUGCCCUUUUAAAUUAUCGAGUGUUUCAGACAGCCCUGUCAAAGCAUGGGAACUUACCUAACAUUUCAGUUCAAUGUCUCAGAAGUUUGUCCAUCACCCAACAAGAGGACACAUUAAAGGAUGUGCCUAUUAAAAUGGAAAAUCCAUAUAAACAACCGCAGAAGGGUUGCAUCCUGUGUAACGUGCCAGUGGACUAUAAAAACAUCCAGUUGCUGUCACAGUUUAUCUCACCACACACGGGCAGAAUAUACGGCCGGCACAUCACAGGUUUGUGCGGUCACAAACAGAGGGAGGUGACAAAAGCGAUCAAGAGAGCUCGCUCAAUGGGUUUCAUGUCAAUAACACUGAAAGAUCCACAGUUUAUCAAAGACCCCAACAUUUGUGACAUCAGACACAUGGAGUAGCAAGAAAACGUAAUAAUUAUGCUUUAUUAAUGUACUGAAUAAAAACCUGAGUGUGUCAA